GUGACUUUAAGAAAACACAACACAGAAUCCACAUUUGCCUCAAAUGGAGCAGUGACCUGGAUAAGACCCCAGCAGAGCACAGGGGAAACCAGGCAGUGGAGUCCUAGAGUCAAUUAAAGAGGCAAGGAUGCCUCCAUUUACAUUCAUGGUUGAGCUAUCUUUGUUGCCCAAAUGACCUGGGAGCACAUCAGUUCAUGCCCUUCACUAUUAAAUCUGUAUAAGAUAGCUAAGUUAAGGAGAAUGUGCAUCUAGGUGUACUGGUUAAGAUUCAUAGGAUAUUAAUGGUUUCAAUAGGUGGUUCCUAUUGGUGUGAAUUAAAGAAUCUGAUAAAUAUGUUGAAUAGAGGUAGAAAAAAUUGGUCUAAGAUGUUUUCCCUCUUCAACUUAAGAUUUGAAUGAGAGCAGAAAACAGACUGCCUUCAGAUACAUCAUUGUGGCUUAUUUAAAAUGGCCAUGGAAGAUUCUCCCUUGGUGAGAGUCAGUCCAAGGAGUCACUGUGUAUAUAGAACAAUACUAAAUACUGACCUCAGCAACCCAAGAGAAAUAUGCUUUUAGAUUCAUGCAGACAUUUCCACGUAAUAGUUGGACACAUGAAUCUUAUUCAUAUAGAAGUAUAAAGUUGUUGGGAAAAUCCACAGGUUUUCCUUCUUGGUCCAUUUACAAUUGAUUAUAUACAUUUAAAUUUUCUAUCAGAUCCACAGCUGAGAAGCUCGUUCUGUCAAGGUGCAGUCUAAUGUGAACAUAAGCGGGAACUUUUGUGUCUUAAGGCUGAUUCAUGUGAAUGUAUGGCAAAAACCACCACAAUAUUGUAAAGUAAUUAGCCUCCAAUUAAAUGUUUUUUAAAAAAUCAUGUGAGGGAAAAAAAAAAAGUUACAUAUAAGAAGGUCUAGCCUGUGCGCAGGAGUCCACGUGGGCGCUGGUGCAGCCAGGAACCGCGCGGGUUGCCAUGGUGGAGCUGCAACAGUUCUGGCUGCAGGAGGCAGUGGACUCCAUGGUGAAGUGUCUGGAGAGGGAAGAUAUCCAGAAGAUGCAGGGCCUCAUGUUCUGGUGCUGCGCCGGCUGUUGCGAAGACAGCCAGGCGUCCGUGUAGCAAGUGCACCAGUGCAUUGAGCACUGCCAUGCAUCUCUGGCUCAAGCCCAGGCCCUGGUGACCAGCGAGUUGGAGAAGUUCCAGGACCGCCUGGCCCGGUGCACUCUAUGUAUUGCAGUGACAAAGCCAAAGAUUCAAUAGAUGUGGGGAGUAAGGAGCUGCAGGUGGAGCGGCGGCUGGAGACCUGCGUGACCAAGUGAACCUCAUCCCAACCUUGACCAGGAAGAUGAAGGAGUCUCUCUCAGCCAUUGGGAAAUAGCUGUCUGCUAGUGGCCAUCCAGGGAAGAAGAAAGUCUAGUUGGAGUCCUGAAACCAAGCUCGGUGGCUGCAAUAUCAUCAGAAGGAGCUAUCUCAGAUUACUGGUUUAUUAUAGGAUAUAACCCAGGAACAGCCAGAUGGAAGAGACUCACACGGUAACAUCCAUGCCCUGUCUGAAUGACCAACGUGCCAGCAUUUCCAUGUGUCCACCAGCCCGGAAACUCCCAACUAUGUCAAAGAGUCGAUUUGGACACGGGAAGAAAACUCUAGAUACAUUUUUCUGGAUAAACGAGGUAACUGGAGAAAUCACCUACCCCCAGAAGACAGACGCACCCGCAACGUCGCCAGCUCCUCUCCAGAAGCCGGGAGAGGGACCCAGAUCUCAGCGCGGGGCCGCUCAGGGUGCUCCUCCCAGCACCCAGGACGCGGCCAGCACACUUGCGCAGAACGCCUCCCCUCCACCCGCUCCUAAAGCUGCCCUGAAAGACGUUGGCUCCCGAAACUCCUUCCCAGCUCCGCCGCCCUAUCUCCGGGCCAAAGAUGGAGCCCCGAGCCCUUUGCCGUUCUCUGCAGUUCCUGUCACCAUCUCACCGCCAGGAGGCGCUCUGCCACCGUUCAGCCCCCUUGGGCCAGCCCUUCUGCCGCAAGCCUCUGCCUUCCCUCCCAGCCCUUCUGCCCCCUGGGGCUUCACCUGCAAGCUGAAAAACAUCCUUUCUGGGAAUAACCGAUUUUCCUUUUGA